AUGGAGGUAUCAAAUGUUUCUUCAUCAUCAUCAUCAAAUACUUAUGUUUCAAAUACAAAAGUUGCUAAAGUAUCAUCACCUUUAACAUCAAGAGCUAAUAAACGUUAUCAAUCAAGAUUCAAGAAAGAAUGGUUGUCCAACUCUUAUUUUUCUACAUUUUUACGUGAAUGUAAAACCGAUAUAACAAAAGCCGUAUGCAUUACUUGCAAUGUACAAUUUUCUAUUCAAAACAGUGGAGUUGGAGAUAUCAAUCAUCAUAUUCAAACAAAGAAACAUCAAGAUCGUACAAAAUCUAUUGAAGCGACUCCAUCAAAUAGAAUUGAUACUGCAUUUAACAUAACAACCACUGAACUUAAUAAAUUAUGUGCUGUUGAAGGUGCAUUAGUAUUUCAUACUGUUAAACAUUCUCAUAGUUAUAUCUCACAUGGUUGUACAAUCGAUAUGAUCAAAAAAUGUUUUCCUGAUUUAUCUACAGUUAAAAAUAUCACCUGUGAUAGAACUAAAGUAGGCAUAAUGUUGAUGAAAUGA